AUUGAUGGAUUUCAAGAAUUACAGUGGAAAUGAUGAGGGCACACACUCUGUGCAUCAACAAUCAAUUAUGUUUUCGGGGGAAUGGAUGACUUUUCCGACAAUGAGUGUGCCUGUCGGAAACGAUAAAAAUAAAAACGGUGAAAGAAGCUCUAGCAACAAAGAACAUGGACCCUCAGACAGUCUCCAAGUCAAGCAAACGUCUAUAAAUGAUAGUGAUCGACGUCUACACCUUGAUAAUAUGCGAUCUUUACUUCAUCCAAUAACCCAAUUAACAUCAAUGAAUCCAUGUUCGCAAUCUAUUGAUGGUAAUGCCAAUGUCAAUGGCUAUCCACCGGUCAGCAUACAGGACGCGAAGCUUUUCAUCGACUUUUAUGACAUCUGCUUUCCUACCCUAUCACAGGUUAGUAAUGAUCGACGUCUCUUGCCACAACUCAAGCAGGAAAUGGGGGUCCAGAUGCUUGAAGAUUUUGGGGGACAGCUGCUUUCCCUGCAGACGAUAGAUCCGACCCAUACGGAGCAUUUGCGAAAGACUAUCCAGCGAUGGAGCUAUAGUUCUGUUGAAUAAAUUGGAUAUGUUUCUAUCGCAUGAAACAUCAAAUAGCUGGGUUCGCACUGUCUUUGAUUGAAUAUCUCUCUUUUUUUUUAGGAGAAAAUUAUAUUUGCGUUUCUUCCUUGGAACUGUUGAAAGUUGACCUUGAAAUACAUGAGCAGCUUUCUGAAAAAGCAAAGCAUAGCGGAAGUAAUGGCAAUGAAAAAAAGGAAACGAAUGAUGAAAGUCGAUGCCCAUUGAAUGAGGGACACGGGCCAUCUCUUUUCAAAUGUGAUUUCAAACCGCAAUUGCAAUUCACAGCAAUUCACAGCAAUUCACAGCCAACCGUCGCUCAGUCCGUGUCCGUG